UUUGUUCUAUAAAUUUCUCCGCCGCAGAUUACGAAAGCAAUGCAAGCGUUUCGCCGGCGAAGAAAGAAGAUCGAAUGGCGAAGCCGGAGCUUUUCGAGCUCAGCAACGGGAGGAUAACGGUGAGGCUGACCAACGUCGGCGCCACCAUUACUUCUCUACUCGUCCCUGAUUCCGAAGGGAAUGUAGCGGAUGUGGUGCUAGGGUUUGAUUCGCUCGAUGCUUAUUUGAAUGAUAAUGCACCUUAUUUUGGGUGCAUUGUUGGUCGUGUGGCAAAUCGGAUCAAAGAUGGGAAAUUUACUCUCGAUGGUGUGGACUACUCAUUGCCUAUUAACAAUGGCCCAAACAGUCUUCAUGGUGGGAACAAGGGCUUUAACAAAGUGCUCUGGGAGGUUAUAGAACGAAAAAAUGGCGAGAUACCAGCAAUAACCUUCAAAUAUUACAGUAAAGAUGGAGAAGAAGGCUAUCCCGGCGAUGUUACGGUCACCGCAACAUACUCCCUCCCUUCCAGCAACUCACUCAAACUCAAACUGGAGGCCACACCUGUCAACAAAGCCACACCAAUCAACCUCGCCCAACACACCUAUUGGAACUUAGCCGGUCACAACUCCGGCGACAUUCUCAACCAUUCAAUUCAUAUCUUCUCUCAUCACAUAACUCCGGUCGAUCAUAGCUCAAUCCCGACCGGAGAGAUCGCCCCGGUCGAAAACACACCCUUCGAUUUCACAAAGGAGAACAAAAUUGGGGACAGAAUUGAUCAAGUUCAAGGUGGUUAUGAUCACAACUAUGUUAUUGAUAAUAAUGAAGAGAAAUAUGGGUUGAAGCAUGUGGCUAAAGUUAAGGAUUCUUUGGGUUUGAGAGUGCUGAAUUUGUGGAGCGAUGCGCCUGGAGUUCAGUUUUAUACUGCUAAUUAUGUUGAUGGUGUUUUGGGGAAAGGAGGAGCAGUUUAUGAGAAACAUGGGGGGUUGUGUUUGGAGACCCAGGGGUUUCCUAAUGCAAUUAAUCAGCCUAAUUUCCCAAAUAUUGUGGUUCAGGUUGGUGAGAAGUAUGAGCAUACUAUGCUGUUUGAAUUUUCAGCUGAAUAGGGAGGGUAUUUGAUUUAUGUAUUAUUAUUUUCUUAUGAGAAUUAUGAUUAUGUUCUAUGUAUAAUAAGAGGCAUUUUUAUGUGUUGUCAUUUUGAACUGUGUAUUUGAAUUAUAAAAUGGAAAUAUGUUGGGAAAAUUUACAUA